AGGGUGCUUAACUCCUUGGACUCUUUGCCCCUUCCAAACCCUCUUGCUUUCUCCUUCGGGUAUUCAGGACUUGCAUCCUCCAGUCCCAGAUACCUUAGCUUUCUCUUCCUGUCCCAUAACCCCUGUGGGUCCCUGGGCAGGACUUCGGGUCUCUCCUGCAGCGAGCCGCUGAGAGUUAAGGGGGCGGGGCCGCCACAUUUUUGGAGAGUGAGCGCAUCCUAGCGGCUGCCAAGAAGGGCGUCGGGCUGGGACCUCUCGGACCCCCCAGCAGGGGCAACAGACAGGUGGAAGUAAACACGAAACAGAAAUCAGCUUGGCUGGAAGGAACGUCCGUGUGGAUGGGAUGGGGACGCCGGGGGAGGGGCUGGGUCGCUGCUCCCAUGCCCUGAUCCGGGGUGUCCCCGAGAGCUUGGCGUCCGGGGAAGGUGCGGUGGCCGGGCUUCCAGCUCUGGAUCUAGCUAAAGCACAAAGGGAGCAUGGGGUGCUGGGGGGUAAACUGAGGCAGCGGCUGGGGCUGCAGCUGCUGGAACUGCCUCCUGAGGAAUCAUUACCGCUCGGACCGCUGCUGGGAGACACAGCCGUGAUCCAAGGAGACACGGCCCUCAUCACCCGACCCUGGAGCCCAGCCCGGAGGCCUGAGAUUGAUGGAGUGCGCAAAGCUCUCCAGGACUUGGGGCUGCGCAUAGUGGAGAUGGGGAAUGAGAACGCGACGCUGGAUGGCACCGACGUCCUUUUCACCGGCCGGGAGUUUUUUGUAGGCCUCUCCAAGUGGACCAACCACCGAGGUGCUGAGAUCGUGGCGGACACGUUCCGGGACUUCGCGGUCUCCACGGUGCCAGUCUCGGGCCACUCCCACCUGCGUGGCCUCUGCGGCAUGGGGGGACCCCGCACUGUGGUGGCGGGCAGCAGCGAGGCCGCCCAAAAGGCUGUAAGGGCAAUGGCAGCGCUGACGGAUCACCCCUACGCCUCACUGACCCUCCCAGACGAUGCAGCUGCGGACUGUCUCUUUCUGCGACCUGGGUUGCCUGGUGCCACCCCUUUCCUCCUGCAUCGCGGAGGUGGGGACUUGCCCAACAGCCAGGAGGCACUACAGAAGCUCUCUGAUGUCACCCUGGUACCUGUGUCCUGCUCAGAACUGGAGAAGGCUGGCGCAGGCCUCAGCUCCCUCUGCCUGGUGCUCAGCAUGCACCCCCACAGCUGAGGGCCUGGCCGACCAGGGGUAGGGAUGCAUAGAGGUACAAGGGGCAGACAGAAGAUGGGGAGUAAAGUGGUAGUGGGAAGAGGCCCGCAGGAUAGGGGAGGGCAUAGUGUAGGACAAAGGAUAGAGGCCACUGGGCGAGUCUUCUCUGUCAGAACCAAUAAAAUAAAGUUGGCCUUUUAGAUAGA